AUGGCAUGCACCUGGUAUUGGCUUGAUGAUGCUGGGCGGUGGGUUGAGUAUGGCAAACAGCAUCCAAUUCAUUGCUCUGCCACGGUCACAUCUGCAGAUCUGGAGAAAGCGUUUUUAGCUAAUCAGAAAGGCACGCUGUUGUUCAGGGCUGGUUCUCAGCGAUACGAGAUAAACUUCAAAGACAUGGUCCAAAGAAAUUUGAUCUAUGAAACUCGAAGAAGAGUUGUCCAAUUGCCAAGAUUUCUGUCUUCUGAAAGUGGACAACAGGAAAGCAAGUUAUACACAACUUUGGCGUAUUCUCUGUAUCCUCCAGAAUGGGACUUAUCUGCACUGCCUGAUAUAGGAUACAAGUUGGUGGAGAUCAGUUGCACUUCCAGUGAAUACAGAAAAAUUGAGGGGCUGUUUGGGAGGACAAUGAAAGAUUACAGCAUUCGUAGACUGCAGAGGAUCCAGAACCCAACACUUUGGCAAGUUUUUCAGUGGCAGAAGGAGCAGAUGAAGAAGGUCAAGAAAUCAAGUUGGGUGGAUGAGCGGUUCCUGUUCCAUGGCACCAGCCAGUCCCACCUGGCUGCCAUCUGCGAGCAGAAUUUUGACUGGCGGGUCUGCGGGGCUCACGGGACGAUGUAUGGAAAAGGAAGCUACUUUGCCAGAGACGCCAGUUAUUCCCAUCAGUUCUGUCCAUCCAGCAUUGGACACCAGAGCAUGUUUGUAGCUCAUGUUCUUGUUGGAGACUUUGUUCUGGGAAACUCGGAAUACCUUCGCCCUCCACCCAGACCUGACAAUCCAAACAGGCUCUAUGACAGCUGUGUGGAUGAUGCAGAGGAUCCUUCCAUCUUUGUCAUCUUUGAAAAGCUUCAGAUUUACCCUGCCUAUAUCUUGGAGUAUAGAAGAGAUUACAGUUGUGUGAUCCUGUAAAGAACGGCAGAAUUUUCUUUGAACUGUCUUUGAGAUAUUUUCUAAAU